AAAAAAAGAAAGAACGAAUCGAUUGUAAUAUUUAAUUUGACGUUUGAUCAAGAAAUUAACACGAAAUAAUUCUGACAUAAUUUUGUCACCGAUAACAUGAUCUAUUAUCCAUUGCUCAUUGCGUUCACCCAACAUAAGUGCAAACUCGACGCAGUGGGGUAAAGUGUCUCCAAAGAAAAGUUGAGGGCGGGGUCAACCGAUGGCAAACAGUAUAAAAUCCUAGCUAGCAAAGAACAACGAUACCCAGUUGUUCCAAAGAUAUCAGAACGUCAUUAACUUUUCGGUCAUCGCGGCUUGCAAAAUGAUUGGGUAUGUAUUUUUGGCUGUUGUCGUAACUGUUGUCCGUGCAGGAAUAAUCGGGCCAAGUGCAGGAAUAAUUGCUCCCGCUUCUGCAACACUUCCGCAAGCUGCGGCUGCUAUCAUCAGAACUGAAAACUUCGAUCCAAAUCCUCAAUACAGUUUCAGUUACAGUGUGGCAGACGGUCUUACGGGUGACAACAAAGCGCAAGAGGAAACUCGUAACGGCGACGUGGUUCAAGGUAGUUAUAGUCUAAUAGAGCCAGAUGGUUCGCGUCGAGUGGUCUCGUAUGCUGCCGAUCCUAUCAACGGUUUCAACGCUGUCGUUCAAAAAGAUCCUAGCAUCACGGUCAAGACUGCGAUUGCUGCGGCACCAGUCGCUCCUGUCGCAGCAGCAGCCGUGCGACCCGUUGUCGCGUCUCCUGUGCUUGUACGGCCAACAUCGGUUGUUGCUGCGGCCGCACCCGCUAUAGCUGUUCGUCCACAGGCUGCGCUGUUAGCUGCUCCAAUAUCGAGACAACCGUCAUUAGCUGCGACGAACAUAGUCACCGCGAACGCGGGUUUAAUAGGUCUUGGUUCUCUCUAUGGUACACAGGCUCUUCUCGCGGGUGCUUAUGGUACCGGAGGCAUCAUUAAAGUUCACUAAAUAUCACAACGGAAUACAGCUUAACUCAACUUGGCCUAGCUCGAUUCGAUUCGAUACUUUUACAGCAUUACCUUUUUUUCUGUUAAUUAUCUUUAAAACGUCGAAUAUUUAAUUGCGUAUAUUUGAAAAUAUCACUUUUAUUUAUCACCGUUCUUAUAUUCUAUCUUUAUACAUCUGUGAAUCAGCGAUUACUUUUAUUCUCGUAGAUGUUUCCCUUUCUUUCUUUCUUUCUAUUAUUUUAUUUCAGUGAAACAUAAACGUAUCAGAAAUUUAUGGUAUUUACGUCAAAGACGAAAAGUUAUUUAACGAUACCAAUCUCACGUUUGCUAGGAAUUUUCACUAAAUCAAUAACAACAAUGAUUUAGAAAUAGAUAUACAGAUAGAUGGCAUAGAUAUAAUUAGUUUGCAAUGUUGACAACUGAUUUUUUUUUUCAAUUCCUGUUGAUUCCAUUCAGAGAUUUCGUAACGAAAUCAUCAAAUACAGCAAUUUUGUUACAUUAAAUCUUUGAUUUACUUAAAGAGCAAAGAUGAGAUUACAAGAAUAAAUGUCUAUAUAGAAAACUUCGUUAUGACAUAUCGACGCAUUUUUCUACAGAUCGCGAGCCUAUCGUUUCUUUGACAAGAAAAAGAAAGUAAACAAAGCUAACUUUUGUUUUUAAUAUCAUUAGUUACUUUUGUUCAUUUGUCAUAUUUGUAGGUGACAAAAGGUAUAUACUAAAUUCGAUUUUGACUAUCCUAAUUAAUAGCGCUGCAUAUUUAUCCACCAUAAGUCCCUUUUUUUAAAAGCGUAUCGUUAUUGAAUAUGAAAUAAAUAUAUUAUUUAGCAAAUGAAC